GCACCGGACCGGCCCGCCAGCCGCCCGAGGCCGCCCACUCCGGCUCUUCCCUCUCUCCUCCUUUCUCGGCCCGUCCCCUCUCCCCCUCUCCCCCGCUCCCUCCUCUCCCUAUCUCCCCGGUUCUUUCCGGAGCCUGGUGCCCCCGGGGGAGGCGGCGGGGACAGCGCAAAGUGGCUCGGAGCGAUGCCCGCAGCCACGGCGGCGUCGGGCCUCGAUGUGUCCCGGACAGCGGUGCUGGCAGACGACAGCGAGGAUCUCAUCCCGAAGAACCGCACAGGUCAAUGUAGCCGAGCCUUUCCACCUAAAGGGGGAACCUUCCAAAUUAUCUAUGGCAAUGGUACGGCCAUCGGGACAGUACUGAUGUUCCAUUGCCCCAUUGGCCACCAGAUGCUGGGACAAGGUAUUAUUAGCUGCAUCUGGAGAGAGAACGGCACGGAAUGGACAAAUAAGACACCAACCUGCAAGGCUCUGCCUGUGUACGAAACCUUUGGCUUCAAGGUUGCAGUGAUCGCCUCCAUCAUUAGCUGUGCCAUCAUCCUGCUGAUGUCCGUCGCAUUUUUAACCUGUUGUCUCCUCAAAUGUGUGAAGAAGAAAGAACGGCGUCAAACCGAAAGAGAUAUGCAGUUGUGGUACCAACUCAGGAGUGAAGAACUGGAAGACAUGCAGGCUGUUCACUUCGACUACAAAGGUCGAAACAACAGUAACAACAACAGGGGCAGGAAUAAAUCAGCAAGUGUUGAAGAGGAUACCGAGGCAUACGACAACCCAAGUUUUUCAAGAAACCAGGAAGAACAUGCAGAAUGGAGGAGGAACCAUGUGAACAGGCAACAUCAAAAUGAAAAUGACUUGCGGUCCAUGGAGCACGUAGGCCAUAUGCCACACGGAAGACGCCUCCUUCCACGAGUCAGCCUUGGUGUACCAACAGUGAGCACGAUCCACCUGUUUGAGGCUAAUGUAGAAGAUGUGAGAAUUCCUAAGAAGCCUACGUCUUACCUCCCUGGUUAGCCGAAAAAGACAGAACCUGUUUGUGGACCAGACACUGCUAAGAGAUCUCGCUCUAUGUGCCUUAAAAACUCCAUUGACAGUCAGGCAUUUGUUGGGAAAAUUAAUCUAUAUCUGAAGAUUGUAUUCAAACAUGCUUCUAGGGUUAACCUGAAUAAUAUAAUCAUUGUUGAUAAUGAACAGUGAUGCUAGCUUUUAGCUGGCUAAUCAAUCAAAAUCAUAGCUGUCACCAAAAAAUCCCAUUGUGAUCUUGCACAAAAUUGGAAACAAUAGCAACAUGUCAAUUUUACUGCUUUGAAUGUCACCAAGGAGCAUAACAUCUUUCAGCUGCUGAAUUCCUUUAACCUGAAUUUCUUUUGUAAACUUGCAAAUGGGAAGACAUUUUUAAAAGAUAUUUUU